AUGAGUAAAAUAAAUGGAUCAAAAAUUGAUGAUAUAAAUAAAAGUGAGAAACAAAUGAAUUCAUUCAACAGUCAGUUACAUAGUGAAGAAAAUUAUAAAAUGAAUAAAAGCUUUAAUAUUUCUAAUUAUAAUUUAGAUUUAAUCAAAUGCUUACAAGAUGACUCAGGUAUAUAUUUUAUAUUAGAUCCAACCAAGGCUAUAAACGAAAAAAAAAAUUCAGAAGUAUAUGAUAUUUUUAUACCUGAAAAUAGUGAUGGAGUAACUUUGCAUGUUCAAAAAGUUAAUGAUGAAUAUAAAUGUAUAGGGGUUAGUAUAACAAAGAAAGGUAUAGACAUAAACACAGGAACAAGGAUUUUUAACACAAAGAUUGCUGAUUGGCUAGAGCAACUAUUUCAUUUUAAUAAAACUUUAGCAUGUAAUAAUUCUUCUAAUAAUGCAGCUAAUAAUAAUAGCAAAUUAAAAAGAGUUAAUAGUAGUAACUCUGUUAUGAGCAAUAGUAAUAACAAUACUACUAAUUCCGUUGCUAAUAAUAACAAAAAUACUAGCAGUACAAUGAAUUCUAUUAAUAAUAAUAGUAAUACUAGUAAUAAUAAUAGUAAUACUAAUAAUACUAAUAAUAACAUAAGCAAUGGAAAUAAUUUAUCAAAUAACAAAUUCAAUAACUAUAAUAAUAUAAAGCACACAUCACCUGGUGUUCAACAACCACCAGUUGCUAAUAUAAUGAAAAAUUCUAAAAAUAAUUAUGAUAGUUUUCAAAAUAAUGAAAAUUAUAAUUCUGUUAUUUGUAAUAAAAAAACGAAUAAAGUUGUAAAUCAACAAAGUUGCAAUUUAAAUCAUUCAAAUAGCACCAAUAAUAUAGUGUCUCAUGCUGUUGCUGCUGCAAACUUAACUUCUCAAUCAAAAGAUCAAACACAUCAGCACAUUCAGCAAAUUCAGCAUGCGAAACAAAUGAGAUUACAUCAAAUGAAUAAUCCUCAUUCUCAUAAACCUCACUUGCUAUCUUACCACAAUGUAAGUUAUGAUGAUAAGAAUAAUAAAUUGUAUAAUAAUAUAAAUUCAAAUAAUUUAAAUAACAAAAAUGUACCAAAUGGAAAUUCUGCAGCACCUCAGAUAUCUUCUACAUCAAAUAAUGAAAUGAUAAAAAAUAGUAAAUUAGGAUGCACAAAUAGACAAAAAAAUAUAAAUCAUCAUAUACAUAACCAUUCACAUAGUGAUAUCUUUAAUUCUCAAAAUUCCCAUCAAAAUAAUCAUAUAUAUAAUCAUAAAUCACAACAAUCUUAUAAUGAAAAUUAUGGUUAUAGACCAACGCUAUUUAAUUUGUUAGAAGUAUUAGCUAACCACAAUAUAACAACACCUGAUCAACGUGUGUGUAUAAGGGGCAUAGUCACGGAUUUUCUAAAUAAUGAAUUGCCCCAUGGAAAAAUAUAUGCCUAUAUUGGUGCAGUAGUAGGUCAUGAUAUUUUACAUGACAUAAUCAGAAAAUUAGAAAAAGAUCCUAAUAGAAAUGUAGUUCCAGAUGCAUCAGGUUUAGCUCGAAUAGAAGCAGCAUUUGGAUUAAGUAAAUCUUCUUAUGAUUUCAUGAACAAUAAUUCAAAUAAUUCUAGUGUAAAUAAUAUUUCUAAUGUGUUAUUUAAUCAUCGUAAUCUAAGUAGCAAUAUUUUAAAUAACCAUAUUUAUUCUAGUAUACUAUCAAAUGUUGCUACCAACAAUAUGAAUAAUAAUCAUGCUUUAAACAAUGAUAGAUUAAAUAUAGAAAAUGAAGAGUUAUUAAAUAGCAAAGCAUCAAAUGAUAUAAAUAAUUUAUUGAAAUAUACAAAAAAUGAAAAGUAUUCUAUUUCUUGUAAUAAUUUAUUAAAUUUAAAUAAAAAAAAUAAUCAAAAUGCUAAUAUGUUAAAUUUAAGAUGUGAUAAUGUUUUUAAUAAUAAUAAUAAUAAAAAUAAUAAUAAUUUCACUCCUCAUGAUUAUAUAUGUGCAACUAGAAAUUUAAAUAUGCAAUGCUCCAACAAAAAUAAUUUUUCUGAUGAUGAAGAGGAGUUAAUGAAAGCAAUUAAAAAAAAUAUAGAAACUUAUAAAAUGAAUAAUAUUAAAAAUAUAUUGAUAUCAUCUGUUUUUGGUAGGAUAAAAUGGUUAAAAAUUAUGAAUGAAUCGCCUCAUGCAUUUUUAUAUGGGCAUAGUAUAGUAAAAUUUGGUAACAAAUUAUAUAUGUUUGGUGGUUCAAACAAUAAAAAUAAAAAGGUUCCUUUUAAUCAUACUUUAACAUUUAGUUUAAUUUAUUAUAAUUAUAAAUUACUUCCAUUAGGUGGCAGUUAUCCUGAAGAAAGAGAUGGCCAUACUACUCAUUUAAUUUCAUUAAAAAAUGGAUUAUCCAUAUUUUUAUUUGGGGGUAGUAAUGAAAAUAUAUAUUAUAAUGAUAUAUAUAUUUUAGAUAUGGAAACACGUAAAUGGUCUCUAAGGGCAGUAAAAGGAAAGUUGCCACUACCUAGAGAUCAACAUUCUUCUCUUGUAUAUCCAGCAAAAAGUGAGCAUUUAAGAGGAGAAAAAUCUAGUCUUACUGAAGGAGUAAUAAUAUUUGGUGGUAAAUGCUUAUAUAAUAAUAAUAUUAUUAAUUUAAAUGAUAUGUGGAUAUUUUUGUUUCAAUUAAAUAUGUGGGUACGUAUAAAUUAUUUAAGUGAGGAAGUACCAAUAGGUAGACAUGGAAUGAAUUUAGUAUGGUCUGAUACUAAUACUUUAUGUUUAUUUGGUGGAGAAUGCUAUGAUAAUUCUAAAAAUUUUAAAGAAAGAAAAUUAUUAGAUGAUAUGUGGAUAUUUAAAUUGCAUACCAAUAAAAAUUUUAUUUCAAAUAAUUCUAAUUUGCGUGAUGGGAAUUCAUGCAAUCCAAGUGAUAUUAUUCAAACAGAUGUUUAUAAUAAUCAAUCCAACAAAGCUUGUUGUCACAAAAAUGCCGCUAAUAAUCCCAAUUCAAAUGAAAAAAAUUCUUUUGAAAAUAAUCAUUCAGCAAAUACUUUAUGUAAUAAUAAUUCAAAUACCUAUAUUAGUGAUAAAGAAUCAUCUGAUAAUGAAAAAGACAAAAAAUUCACAAAAAAAAUAAGAGUAACAGGAGAAUGGCAAAGAGAAGUAUAUGAAGGAAAAAUAGGAUGUAGGUCUAAUUAUAGUAGUAUUUUUAUAACUCAAAGACAUCAAGAUUUUAAAGGAGCAGAGCCAAAAACUAUUGAAAGAUUAAUGCUUUUAUGUAGUGGAAUAACAUAUGUUACUAAAGAUAAUAAAAGGAAAAUCGUUUCUAGUGAUGAAAUAUAUGUUUAUUUUUUUUCACAAAAACGAUGGUAUUUAUUAAAAGGAAAAUUAUAUAAUGAAGAAUUAAUAUAUAAUGGAAGACAAAGGCAUGUAGGUUGUUUUUUUGAAUCAAAAAAUGUAUUAGGAAGAGCAAAUAAAAACCCAAUUCCUUGCAUAUUUAUACAAGGAGGUUUUAAGAAAAAUGCAGUAUUUGGUGAUGCUUGGUUAUUAUCACUUACAGGAGAAAAUCCAUUAAGAAUUCAUGAAUAUGAUUCAUCAAGAGAAAAGAUUUCAACUACUCAAAUGCCUCUAUAUUAUUUUAGAGAUACUCAUUCGAUUAGCUUAUUGUAUAGUUUUUGUACUUUGCAGAAAUGGCUAUUUGGUGCAUUUGCCAACCUAGUUGAUAACUGUAUUCAGUCAAAUAAUCCAGCUGAAAAUGUAUUUAUUAAAUAUGAAUUAACACCUGAGCAUGAUGGUAUGCUAUCUAUUCAAGAUGAUGGAGAAGGUUUGGAUUUCAACGCUAUGAAUAGAAUAUUAAGAAUGUAUGGAAAUUAUAAAAAUGAUGACAAAAAUUUAUUAUAUAAUAAUAAUAAUACUAGUGUUAAGAAGCAUAAUUUACCCAAUAGUGGCUUUGUCAACCAUAAGGUAGAUGAAUUUAAUGAUGAUCAAAGUGAUAAGGAUUGUAAUUCUAAUAAAAAUGUAAAUAGAAAUUCAUCAAAUUCAAAAAAUAAUUCUCAAGAACAUAAUAAAGAAUCUUUAUUAGAUGAAAAUGGAGAAUCCUCUCAAAAACAAAAGCAGAAGAAUAUUGAUAAUGAAAAAAAUAAAGAAAAUCAAAAUGAUUACAAUUAUGACGAAGAGGAUGAUGAAAAUGAAAAAGAUGAAAAAGAAAAUGAAGAAGUACAUAAAAAAAAAAGAAAGAGAGAACAAGAAAACAAUAUUAAUUUGAAAAAGGAAAAUGAUGAAAACAGUACCACAACUAAUAUAAAUAAUAAAGAAGCUAUAUGUGCAGAUGACAAAAAUAAUCCAGAGGAUUCUAAUGAACUAAAUAAUAAAAGAGAAAAUAGUAAUAAUGAAGAUUAUGAUUAUAAAACAUAUGAUGAAGAUUCUUUUUAUAAUGCAAAUGCAAAUAAUACAUUUGAUUUAAAAUACGGUGUAGGAUUUAAAAUGGCUUAUGCAAGAAUUUCCUCUAGUUGUGCUAUUAUGUCUAGAACUGUUCAUACAAUAGGUAUAGGGUUAUUAUCCUUAGAAUUAAUGAAUCAUUGUGAUGCUAAAGAAUUAGCUACUCCAUUAUGCAUGUGGAAGUUACCAAAUAAAGAAUUAAUAAACAGAAAUAUAGCAAAUAAAUCAGAGCAUAGGCAUCAUCAAAAAUUAUUAAUGUCUUACACUCCAUUUAAUAGUCCUAGUUUAUUAGCUGAACAAAUUAAUAUCUUAGGAACAUAUAGUGGAACUAGAUUAUUAUACUGGGAUUUUAGAGACGAUAUGGAUUUUAUCGUAUUUUGUUCAGCUAAUAAUAACAUAUAUUUAAGCAGCUCUCCUUUAAGUUUAGAAGAGAUUAAAUACGGUAAAAAAAGAAAAAAUGCUUCCAAUAAUAACAGUAAUAGUAAUAAAUAUUAUUGUGUAGAAGAUGUUAAAUUAAAUAAUAGAGAUAUAAAGAGAAAAUGUAAUUUUGAAGAUGAAAAGAUUAAGAAAGCCAAAACAGAAAAGGACUCUUCUGUAGCUAACAAUAAUAGUGACUAUAAAAGUAUUCCCUUUAAAGAUGAAAAAGAAGGCAUUUGCAUAAAUGAAGAAAAUAUAAAAAAAUAUAAUGAAAAUAAUAGCUCUUUUAUAAAAAAUGAUAACGAUAAUAAUCAGGAUGAUUUAAACAAUGAAAAUAACAACAAUAAUAAUGAAAAUCAGUCAAAAAGUAAUAAAAAUAAUAUAAAAAGGGAAAGAAAACUUAAUGCAAAUUCAUGUGAUGAAAGUAAAAGUAUUGAAAAAAAUAAUAAUAACGAUGUGAAUAAAAAACAUACCAAACAUCCUGUGCAAAAUAAAACCCAAAAUAAGGAAUAUGAUCAAUAUGAAUAUUAUAAUAGUUCAUUAAAAAAGUUAAAUUUAUUUGAAUAUAAUGCUCAUUUGCAUCCAUCCAUUUCUAAAGAAAAAUAUAACAUCAGUUCAAUUUUUCCAUUAUGGGAUCAUCCUAAAGAUAGUAUAGAUUAUUGCCUAUCUACAUAUUUAUAUUGGUUAUAUUUAAGAAGAAGCACUAAUAUAUUUUUGCAAAAUACUUUACUCAUACCAACUUGUAUGAGAAACGAUAAGAAUAAUUUUAAUGAAAAAAAAAAGAAAAAAAAGAAAAAAAGAAAAAAUAAAAAAAAAUUAAAAAAAAAUAAUAACGGUGAUUUUAAUAAAAAAAUAAUAAAAAAGAGAAAGGAAAAAAAUAAAGAAAGUAUAUCCUUCAAUAAAGAAGUGAACGAUAGUCAAUAUCAUAUAAAAGAAGAAAAUACCGAAGAAAACAAAAAUUAUAUAGAUAAUAAUAAUAUAAAUCUUGAAUCUAAGGAAAAUGCAGAUAAAUAUAAUAUACCAAUAAAAAAUGAAAUAGAAGAAGAAUCAAAAAAUGAGGAUAUUGAGAAAAAUAAUGAUAAAAUUGAAAAAAGGAAAAAACAAAAAACAAACGACAUGAUUAACAAUGACAUUCAAAAUGAGGAGAAUGAAAAUGAAGAAGAUCAAAAUGAGAAAGAUCAAGCUGAAAUAGAAAAAAAAAAAUUACAGGAAGCAUUAGAGCAUGGAGUAAAGCAAGAAAAGAAGGAAGGAAGUGAAGUACAUAAAAUGGAAACAGAAAUGAAAAAAGAUGGAGAUUUAAAUGAAGAUGACGAGGAAGAUGAAGAAGAGGAAGAAGAAGAUAAGGAAGAUGAAGAUGAGGAUGAUGAAGAUAAUGAUGAUGAAAACGAAGAUGAUGAUGAUGAAAACGAAGAGGAUGAUGAUGAAGAAGAAGAAGAAAAAGAACAAGAACAAGAACAGGAACAAGAAAAACAAAAAAAUCAACAAACAGAACAAGAAUUACAAGAAAUUGAAAAAGAUUAUGAAAAUGAUGGUGAAAAUAUUAAAGAAGAUAAUAAUGAAAAUAUAGAUGGGAAAAAAAUAAAAAAAAUAAAAGAUAGUGAUAAUGAAAUAAAAGAGGAAAAUGAAAAAAAAGCAAAAAAGAAAAAUGAAAAGAAUGAGAAUUAUGUAAAUAUCAAAAAAGGAAAUGUGUAUAACAAUGAAAUUAAAAAUGAAGAAAAUGAAAAAGUAAAAAAGGAAAAUUAUGUCAAUUUAUAUAUGGAAAAUUUAAAAAUAAAAGAUGAGUAUUAUAUAAAUAAUACUAGUAAAUACACAUUAUAUAGUUUUCUAAAAAGGAAAUUGUAUAAACAAGUAGAAUUUCAUUAUUUAUUUACACCAUCAGAUUAUGAAUAUGGUUCUUUUAUUAUGUUGGGAUUUUUAAAUGAUAACGACAAUACAUCAAUAGAAGUAAAAAGAGUUUGUGAAGCAGGUAUUUUACUAUAUUAUAAAAACAGAUUGAUAAAAAGAUUAGAUGCUCCGUUUAUCGAUUCUGCUUAUAAUUUAUCUUUAUCUAAAUAUCCUCCUACUCCAUCUUUAUAUGAAGGAAAUUUAUAUAAAUAUGCUCUAACAGUUAUUGUCAAUGUACCUAAUUGGUUAAAACCAUCUAUUAGUAAACAAGAAUUUAUACAUGAGAAUAAUUAUGCUUUUCUUGUUUUCAAAAAAAAAUUAAUAGGUUUAAUUAAGCAUUAUCUUCUUAUUUGUCGAGAUAAUCUAAAAUUGAAAAAAUGGAAAGAAUCAAGAGAUUUAAAAUUAAAAAAUUAUCUUGAAAAAGUUGAAUAUAAACUAAGAAGAUCGAAAAACGAAUCAGAAAAUGAAUAUGAAAAGGCUUACAAAAUUGUAUAUAACGAUAAAGAUAAAGUUAGAAAUGAAGAUAUGGAAAAAGAAGAAGAACUAGAAAGAGAGGAAAAUAGGCAAAUAGUUAAAGAAAUUGAAAAAGCUCAAGAAGAAAAGAGGCAAAGAGAAAAUGAAAUAGAUAAUAAACAGAAUGAUAAUUAUAAUGAUUUAGAAGAGGAAGAAGAAGACGAAGAAGAAGAUGAAAGUGAAGAGUAUACAAAACCAGUAAGAAAAAGAGAAAAACAAAAAAAAGAAAAUAAUGAGGAAGAAGAUGAAGAAAAAGAAGAUGUAGAACAAACAGAAAAGGGAAAUAAUGGACAAGAUGAUGAAGAAAAGGAAGAUAAUGAACUGGAAGAGGAGGAAGAUGAAGAAGAAGAUGAAGAUGAACAAGAAGAUGAUAAUGAGCAAGAAUAUGAAGGAAAGGAAGAUGAACAAGAAGAUGAUGAAGAAAAAGAAGAAAAAAUAAGAAAAAAUCAAAACAAUGAGCAAGAAGUAGAUGAAGAAGAGGAAGAUAAAGAUGAGGAUGAUGAUGAUGAACAGGAAGAAGAUGAAGAACAAAAAGGCAGAGACCAUGGUAAUGAUGAUGGUGAUGAUAUUGAACAAGAAGAACAAGAUGAUGAAGAACAACAAAAUAAACAACAAAUUAAUGAAGAAGUAAAUAAAUCCGAAGAUGAAAAUUAUAAUGAUAGAUGGAAGCAAUGA